UUCUUUCUAGAAUCUCCGAUCUGCUGCUGUGCAGAUGGACUUUCAGGCAUUGCUGUCAGAAGUGUUAUGAGUCCAGCUGUUGCCAGUCGAGUGAGGACGAAGUUGAAAUUCUGGGACCUUUCCCUGCCCAGACUCCUCCCUGGCUGAUGGCCAGCCGGAGCAGCGACAAGGAUGGGGAUUCCGUCCAUACAGCCAGUGAAGUCCCUCUGACCCCACGGACCAACUCCCCAGAUCGAAGAUGCUCGUCCUCAGACACAUCUAAGUCUACCUACAGCCUGACCCGGAGGAUUUCAAGUCUUGAAUCCAGACGACCCAGCUCCCCACUCAUUGAUAUUAAACCCAUCGAGUUUGGUGUUCUCAGCGCCAAAAAGGAGCCCAUCCAGCCCUCGGUGCUCAGACGGACCUAUACCCCAGAUGACUACUUCAGAAAGUUCGAGCCCCAGCUCUACUCCCUCGACUCCGACAGUGACGAUGUGGACUUUCUGACAGACGAAGAGAUCUUGUCCAAGUACCAGCUGGGCAUGCUGCACUUCAGCACCCAGUACGACCUGCUGCACAACCAUCUGACGGUGAGGGUGAUCGAGGCCAGGGACCUGCCGCCCCCCAUCUCCCACGACGGCUCGCGGCAGGACAUGGCCCACUCCAACCCCUAUGUCAAGAUCUGUCUCCUGCCAGACCAGAAGAACUCUAAGCAGACGGGGGUCAAACGCAAGACCCAGAAGCCCGUGUUUGAGGAGCGUUACACCUUCGAGAUCCCCUUCCUGGAAGCGCAGAGGAGGACCCUGCUGCUAACGGUGGUGGAUUUUGAUAAGUUCUCCCGCCACUGUGUCAUUGGGAAGGUCUCUGUGCCUUUGUGCGAGGUUGACCUGGUGAAAGGCGGGCACUGGUGGAAGGCGCUGAUCCCCAGUUCUCAGAAUGAGGUAGAGCUGGGGGAGCUGCUUCUCUCGCUGAAUUAUCUCCCAAGUGCUGGGAGACUGAAUGUUGACGUCAUUCGAGCCAAGCAACUUCUUCAGACAGAUGUGAGCCAAGGUUCAGACCCGUUUGUGAAAAUCCAGCUGGUACAUGGACUCAAGCUUGUGAAAACAAAGAAGACAUCCUUCUUAAGAGGAACAAUUGAUCCUUUCUACAAUGAAUCCUUCAGCUUCAAAGUUCCCCAAGAAGAACUGGAAAAUGCCAGCUUAGUGUUUACAGUGUUCGGCCACAACAUGAAGAGCAGCAACGACUUCAUCGGAAGAAUUGUCAUCGGCCAGUAUUCUUCGGGCCCCUCCGAGUCCAACCACUGGCGACGGAUGCUCAACACUCACCGCACUGCCGUGGAGCAGUGGCACAGCCUGAGGUCCCGGGCUGAGUGUGACCGUGUGUCCCCUGCCUCGCUGGAGGUGACCUGAGGGCUGCGGGAAAAGCAGCUUUCGUUUGUUUAAAAAAAAAAAAAAAAAAAAAAAAAAAAAAAUAAAACAGAAAAAAAAAUGUCACAUGCCUGUUACAUCCACACUUAUACACUCACAACACACACACACACACACACACACACACACACACACCCACACCCUAAAUCCUCUCAGAACAGAGAGGAAGCUGACUACUGAACACAAAAUGGCUGCCCUCAAUGAGCAAGGCCUGAGAACUUUCUGGAAACCCCAUCUAUAUGUCACAAGCUGACUGGGCUCUGCCGUGAGACUCAUUGGCAGUGUUUGUUCCUGUUGAUACCCCUGCCUCAAAAUGCACUUUCAACCCUCAGGCCAGAGAAAGGGCCUCCUCAAGGGCGCCAGCCUCCUUUGAGACGAAAUUCUGCAAGAGCAUGGCCACUGUGUGGGAGGCCCGACCCCCAUGUCCAAAAUGCACACUCGCUGACUGGGUGAUUUCUGAGCAGGCCGCUGAUCCCUGGGGUUCUUCCAACCUGAUACCUUUCCCCCAAAGUGUAAGUACUUUGCCUUCUCUUUAGUGGACGUGAUAGAUUAGACUAUUUGGAGAAAACAAAUGGCAACAAAAAAUAUUCCAGUGUAAGAAACUUCCCUGGCUUAACUGAAUUUGUCCUUGUGUUAGCUUAUU